AUGACCACUUCACUAACCGCUAGUUCUACUCGUUGGAUUCACACGGAUCCGUUAUCAGCAUUAUGGAAUAUGUGUGAUAAUAUACCGGUCAAUGACGUAAUAGUAGGUCCGGAUCAUAAAACUGUUAUUGUCCUAGAUCAUUCACCCGAUUUUGCCACUUCUUCGAACUUUAAAAUCGAUCUUCCUCUGAAAGACUCAACAACGGGACAGAUGCAUGUAGUAAAUCAGGUGGAAAAGACGCUUUGGACUUGUGCCGUUGAAUCAGCCUUUGAAUUCCAUCGAAUUGUUGAUGAAAUUUAUCCAGAUGGUGUGCGACUAAUGCGUUUCGUGAUCUCUGAUUUUGUUGGAAGAUUUCUGACGCCAAACUGGGGUACACAACUUAUCUCACAAGAUCAGUUAUUGAAAUCAUUUGCAUCCUGUGGUGUCCCGGAUGCUAAAGCAGAUUUAUCAUCCUGUUCAAUAAUUAACGGCAUUUCGAUCGCUGUUGAAGCAAUCAGUGAGUUGACAGAGUUACAGAAAAAGCAGUGCGAUUUGAAUUCCGGUUUCAAGUGUUUUGGAAAAUGUAGCAAACGUGUCGAAAGCAGUAUGAGGCAAUGUGAUGAUGAAAGGCAGCUGGGGAGCAAAGAAAAUUUACUUGGUUUGGUUGAUGAUAAGAAGAAGACGGACUUGAGAAGCAUGAGAUUUGCGGACCGCAUGAAAAGUUUAUCAUUGAAGAUGAAGCUUGCAAGACAGGAAAUGCGUGCAUUAACAAUAGAAAGUGGUAUCAAGAAAGCAUUUCCAAAUAUGGGCUCGAUCAUUGUUUUCACUUCCCUUAAGAGUGAUGAAGAUAUUGCUAUGCUGACGAAACAUAUCACGGAAGAUAUUAUCAGUCGCAAUAAAAUUGUAAAAGCUUUGGAUGGCGACAAAAAUUUUGCUCCAAUUACUCACGUGCAAGUUUAUUUCAUCAUUAUUUAUCCCGUGACAGAUGGGAAUAAAGAUAAAAUCUAUCUUCCGACUGCUAAACCGCUCACGAAGAUGAAUGAAUAUGUUUCAUGUAGUGUUGUCUGCGCUGAAGCUGGACUAUCGUUACGUCCCGUUUUGCAUGGUGUUAUUCUAAAGCAUUUUGAUUUAGCCUCUACAACAGUUACUGGUAUACCAAUGAAGGAGGAAGCACAACAGGGACAGUCGGUGAAUUAUGAUGUAGAGGUAUUCCAUCCACGUCGAAGUCAUCAUUUGUUGCAACAGUAUGGCUUGAUCGGGCCAGAUUCCAAAUUAUUAAUUACUGUUAAUCCUGGAGACUAUGAAACAGUGAGAUUGGCUUGGACAACUCCAUCUGCGAAAAAUCGUUGGAAUCAGUUCCCUCGAAUCAUCUCUGCACUUCCGAUAUCACCGGCAAGUGUCAAUGGUCGACCAUCUGUCUGCCUUACUUCAUUUCUUCUUAGCGGCAGGAAUGUUAUGCUCGAAGUGUUAAAACAAAACGUACAUUUGCCACGAGAUGUUACGCCGAAUGUUAAUCAGAAGCUUAUUUCACAUUUGUUGAUGUGUCAUGCAGGAAGGAUUUAUUUGCAUACAGUGCAUAUCGGAAAUCAUCCAAUAUUUGAUGAUAAGAAGCUCUUAGCAAGCGCAGUGUUACCAAAACCGAGUGCACCGCUUCGUGUUGCUGAUUUUGCUACUUUUAUGAAAGAAACACGUCUUGUUGUUUCACAAGGAGCAGUUGCUCCAUUUUCGACAACUGAUGAUGAAUCGGCAUAUAAUGAACAAGCACGAAAGCAAUUGUUGAGACUAACUCGUUACUGGCCCUGCAAGCUAAAUGAAGCUUUUAUAUAUAAUAUACCAAAAAAAUUUGAUCCGCUGCUUACAUUAAUUCGACGUAAUGAGCUUUCAACAAAUGACGUUAAUAAAUGUCGAGAAUGUAUUUAUGCGUUAAUGACUUACAAGGAUUCGAAAGAGCCACUUACUUCGAAAAGUGUAGAUUGUAUAAAAUUUAAAAAUCCGCUCAGUAGGGAUGAACAAUUUCGUUACACUUGUGAAGAGCUGCUAAAUCAUUUGCAUAAUUAUGUAAACCAUUCGGCCAGACACCUCGAAGUGUUCAAUAUGUUUCUACAAAUCUCGGGCCUUGAUCGUGCAACUCAUCUUUCAGUGCAAGAUGUUUCUGUCCGUAUCACUCAGUUGCAGUCCAGUUCUUUAUCAGUUUCAAAUAAAAGAAGUCAAUCGCCAGUGGAUACGAUGCAACCAAAAAGUCGUAGUAUGUCUCCGGUAAUAAAGAAACCGCGAAAAGCUAUCUACACUUGGGGACCGAAUGAAAAGCUAAAUCUUUACGACUACUAUCUUGAACGAUACCAGAAGGAAUAUUUGACGAAAUGGAAAGAUUUCGUUGGUCGUGUAAAAGCUGGCAACAAACCUGCUGUACUUUAUCCAAAUCUCGAUCUUAGCAAAGCAUCUAGCAAAGGUGAUAUUGAAUCCGUGUGA